ACCUCUCCCUACUCAAACAUGGCAGCCAAUACUUUUACCCAUAAUAAGAAGACCUGUAACCCCUAUUUUGAUUUAAACAGAAAUUAAGAAGCAAAAAGAGGUGGAUGGAAGCUAUUCUUCUGCUUAUCCGCACAAAAUACAGUGACGUCACUCACAUUGACACGGCUACUCUUGCCCACUGGUUAUCAGUGCCUGGCGAGUCUCUUUGUGGCCAGCACAAGCAAGAGUGCUGCAGUGACCAGGGAAAUGAUGACAUUAACAAUACUAGACAACAUACUGAUUCACUUGUAAAGGCAUGUGAUUCUCUUGUAGAGGAAGUCCACAGUCUGGUUUUGAGUGAGAACAAUACUUCAGAGGAGGCUGUUAAAAGUUUACCACCAGAUAAUCAACAUGUAUCUGGAAAGAUUAUCAUACUCUUUGAUGUUCGAGAUGAAGUUGAAUAUGAAAUAAGUCACUUGCAGGGAGCUAGAAGAAUUAGUGAUUCCAUUAGUGAUGAAAAACUGAGAGAGCUCCUCAUGGAGUAUUUAGGAACUAAACUCACUGCAGAGGGAUCAGCAUCUAACAGCUUUUCACCUGAUGGUGCUUCAGAAGAACCUCUGAAAAUUAUUUGUUAUUGUUCCGUGGGGUAUAGAUCAUCAGGUUUAGCCAGGAGGGUAGCAAAACAUAUAGCUAACUUUAACUCUCUGAAACCAGUUGAGGUUUACAACUUGGAGGGGUCCAUCUUUAAGUGGGCAAAUGAGGAUAGGGAUAUGAUCAACAGCAAUGGUAAUAAGACCAAAUUUGUUCAUCCUUAUAAUACUGUUUUUGGUUUAACACUCAGGAAGGAACUUCGGAAAUAUGAAUGAGCAUUGAUUUCUUAUGUCAGUUGGGAUUUCAUUCUCUAUACACUGGCAAACUGUGUCUACUGUCACAGGGUAGCCAGAAUCAAGAGCAACAUACAAUUGAUGCUGGUAACCACAGGUAGAUGUUUACAGUUUCUGCACCAGGUUUCAUAUUGUUACUCAUGGCAAGGUGGUACAUACUUUUUUAUUGAGUGUAUAUGGGAAGCCUAGCUUAAGUAUAGGUCACAUGUGUACCAUUCUUAGUAUUGUACUGUAAGUUUAUCACAAAGUAGGGGGAAAAAUUACGAGAGCAAACAUAAUAUGAUGGUUUAUGUGGUACUGUAUAGCUUUCGAAUUGUAAACUUGCAUCAUGUAGGAAUCUUAAGCCUAAGCUUGGGUGUGUGUACAAGAAUGGAUAAGAAAAGUUAACUCUGUCUUUUAAAAUUUAUGUUAAGAAAUACAUAAUUACAUCAUAGAGAAAUAAUGAAAUAGACAAACGAUUGAUGAUUGUUGUUCUUAAAUGAUAUAUACAAGGGUGUUUCCCAUGAAAAAAAAUAUAUUGAUAAAAACACAGAGCAUUUGAAAGAGACACAAAAUAUACAGAAUGCAAAAUAUUUUGUAAACGUGUUUAUCACAACUAUAUAAAAUAUAGAUUGUACCUGAUUACCUUAACUGUAUCAGAUUAUUUACCAUUACCUUUUGUGUCCAUUUCAAAUUCACGUGUUUUAUGUGAUGAGACAAGUGAACAUGAACCUUUUGUAUUACCUCAUCAAGGAUCAAUCUCCAUUGUCACAACACAAUGUAUCCACAACUGAGAAGCUCCAUUGUGUAUCAGUACAUGAGCAGCAGAAACUUUUAUAUUUUUUUCUCAAAAUUUCAUACAAAAAUAUGAUCAAUCUUUCAUAUACAAAAAUGUGAUUUGUAUUUCUUAAGGCAUUUCCAUUAUGAAAGUCUAUCUUUUGAUAAUUCACUCAAUAUAACGGAAGAACCUUGCAUGAUUUAAUUGCCGGGAUUAUUUCUCACCGUGUUGUUGAAUAAAAUAAUAUCUAUAUUUUGGGACAGACUCAGCAAUUCUUAGCAUUUGUUAGUGUUUAUUUGUGGCAUAAUUUAUAGGUAACCAUGAUUGCAUUCAAUAAAUUCCCUAUAAAAUGAUCAUUGCUCACUGCCUUCUCCUGUCAUGAGAAUUAAACUUAUAUCUACUGUUUGAUAUUGAAUGGAUUUAUUUUUGAUUAUAUCAUAAUAACUGAACCUUAUGCAGAGUUUAGUCAUUAAAUAUUGUGAUUGGCUAAAUUAAUUUACAAUGUUUAAAAAGCAUAGGCCUCACAUUGUCCACAGCAAGCAAUGAUCUCCACUCACAAAAUUACUGAAUGCAGGUUACAAGACCUUAUCCUGACAACUAAUAAUUGCUGCUCCUGUCAGAACUGUAAAAUUUACUCACUACGUGCACAUUUUUUUCACCGGUGAAAAGUGUUCAGAACAUAUUAACAAGGGUUUUGCCACCUCACCCAUGUGUGAUUCUGGUGUAAGGACCAGUUAUGAUGCAGCCUUUAUGUUAUUUUAAUAACUUUUUACCUUAGUAAAUUAACAAUCUUGGUGGGGGUAUCACACUCGACCCACCAUAAGCUGGGAUAAAGCUCAAGAAUUAUAAAAGUAAGAAAGGUAUUUGUGUAAACUUUAUGGUAAUGCACUUUGCUGUUAUCUCUCUUAAACAGUAAAUAAAAAAAUACAUUUUUUUUUAAACUGAAACUCAGCAGGACAAACAAAGUCAAUGAUCAUAUUCAUCAUUGUUGUGUGCUGUGGCCCUGACAUGACUACAAGAUUUGAGGCUUUGUCCCUGGCAAGUGAUUUUUCUUUAUUCUAUCAAAUGAGUAAACAAACUCUCUAACUUUGUUAAUGUAAAAAAUCUGGUAUUCAUUAUUUUACUGUAUCUGUUGUACAUUUAAUGACUUGCUUAGAACACCAAAUUUUGGAACACAAAAAUAGAAGGAAAAAACAAUAUAUUGGAAACAGCUGUUCCAAUUAACAAAUAUAUACAACAAUAGCAGA